AUGGCAACAUCACAAGUUCUCUUGUCCCCUGCUGAGCUCGCCUACAUUCAUUCUUCACUAUCUCUGCGUCCACCCAUCCGAAGCGACGGGCGCACAUCAACACAGUUCCGACCGCUCACAGCCGAGACCGGUGUGCUGCCUGGCACGAAUGGUAGUGCGCGUGUCUGUUUCUCCGACGGCACGGAGGCGAUUGUUGGGGUGAAGGCAGAGAUUGAGCGCACGCGUGCCGACAAUGAGCAAGAAGACCAAGAUGAUGGUGCCGCGCAACGCCAAGUCCGGGGCGAUUGGGUCGAGAUUGCGGUCGAGAUCCCCGGUUUAAGGGACGACGAUGCUAGUACCGUCUUUUUGGGCGAGAUGCUACGGGAGGCACUCCUUGGGGAUGGAGACUUUGCCCGAAAACUCUGGAUCAACCGACGGUUUCACUGGCGUCUAUACCUUGAUAUUCUUCUCAUAUCGCCCCCUCUGUCAUAUCCCCUCCCGCUCCUCUCGUUAACUACACAUCUCGCCCUGCUCGCUACGCGCCUGCCACGGUUAAAAUCCGAAGGCGACGAGGACCCCAUGUUCGACGACGACUGGCAGGCAUCCCAGUUCCUCUACUCGCAGAACGAAAGCGCACGACCACCCAUCACACUCUUAGUGGUCGCGAUCGGGGACAAUGUCAUUUUCGACCCUUCAAAGGAGGAGCUCGCCGUGGCCGAGUCGGCCCUCGCAGUGUCGGUGGCUGCGGCAGCAUCAGAGAAGGUAUCACAGGACCAGGGGCGCAAAUUGAAACUCGUGUCUGUCAGGAUGGUGGAUCCGCCGUCAAGACUGACGCCACCCGGCGUACCCAACGGCACCAGCUCGGGCACCGGGGCCGCGCCGGCAGGAAAGGAGGGCGAGUCUGUCGAGGGGGUGUGGAAGGCACCCGUGGGCGGCACAAAGUUCGCCAUACUGGACGGGAUAAUACAGGCGGUCCUCGAGAAGGGUGGGGUCGCCGACGAAGUGUUGGAUGGUCUGAAGGGCGUCGAGUUGGCGUAG